AUGGUAGCUUUGGUUUUGGUAUCCCUAUCUUACAAGGCUUUACCCUCCCAGGCUUGGGUAGUCCAACACAACCACCCCAAGACAGUACUAUACGUAUCUCCCGUGUAUAUACCUAUCCUUCAAUACGGUAGACUUAAGUGUCAUAUCAGUGCCACCGGAACACCUUCUCGUGUUGAGGUUCCCAAAAGGCUCUUGAGUGACACCAUGUAUGAUACAAACAUACAUCUGCCCGACAUGAAGUAUUCAGUAACCCUCGUAUCCGUUACAUAUUACAUGGAAACGUAUAGAGCCUUGCCCCUGGGUAUUAGCCCUAUUAAGCCAUCGUCGAAAGAGAAACAAGCUAUUACGCUCUCACUCUAA